UUCUUCUAUUACCACAACACACACUUCAGACUGGCACACAAACGCACACACGCUCGCUUCACUCCGCGGCAGACGGGAUGCCAAAAAGUGCGGCAGAGAAGAGGAGCGGCAGCAACUGAAAGAAGAAAAGAAAAAACAACAGGAGGCGAAAGAAAGGGGAGAAAAGGAAGCGAGACGUAAACAGGACACACGCGUUUUUUUCCGCUUAAGUUACGCGCGGUGCAACAAGAGAGAGUUCGCGGCGGCAGCAUUGUUAAGACUUCACUCCGGUGAGAGGGGCCACACUGCGAUCGAGGAAGGAGGACACAAAAGGAAACGGACUAUCCGGAGAAAGUCUCGUCCCGGUUUCCUACGCCACGCUCCGACGCUUUUUUUUCUACCACCGAUUUGAAUUUUGAAUCUUUGAAAAACUCAUAAACCGAGAGACAGAUAGCCGAGGAAGGAAAAGAAGAAAGGAAGCGAGCGAGGAAGGAAGAGAGAGUGAGUAGACGCCGGGUUUUGAGGAGCGAGAGAAGGCUGCCCGUCCACAUGGUCCAACCGCUGGCGUGAAAGUUGACUUCUUCGCGAAACAAGAACAGGUGCCAGUGAUGAUGGUGGAAUCAGCUUCGGAGACCCUUCGAACAACGCCGUCCAAUCAGAAUGGAGUCAGCAGCCUCACCAGCCAAUCAGACGGCGGGGGAGGCAGAGAGGGCGGGUCCAACGGAGACGCCAACGGAGAGAUCAGCCCAGUAGACUUACUACACCUGCAGCAGCAACAGGCUCUGCAGGCUGCCAGACAGUUCCUCCUGCAGCAGGCGUCAGGACUCAACUCACCGAGCAGCACCGAGAUCAAACAGAGCCCUGUACAGGUGCCAGUCUCCAUGGCGAUGAUGAGCCCUCAGAUGAUCACUCCUCAGCAGAUGCAGCAGAUUCUGUCCCCCCCUCAGCUCCAGGCUCUCCUCCAGCAGCAGCAAGCUUUAAUGCUACAACAGUUGCAGGAGUACUACAAGAAACAGCAGGAGCAGUUGCAUCUCCAGCUCCUGUCCCAACAACAACAACAACAACAACAACAACAGCAGCAGCAGCAGCAGGUUGGCAAGCAGCCCCCCAAAGAGCCUCUGGGCAGUAAACAGCUGGCCUUCCAACAGCAGCUUAUCCAGAUGCAGCAGCUCCAGCAGCAGCACCUCCUUAACCUGCAGAGACAAGGCCUGGUGCCCAUACAGCCCACCUCCGCCAUGCAGUCACUACAGCAAGCGAUGUGCCCGUCAGACCUGCAGCAGCUGUGGAAGGAGGUGUCUGGGGUCCCGAGCUCUGAGGAGCCCCUGAAGCAGGCGGAGGGGCUGGACCUGAGCACCUCCGGCUCCAACACUACCUCAGCCUUCCCCAAGACCCCCAGUGCCCACUUGCCCCUGCACGGCCUGGCCAACGGGCAGAGCCACACGCCCAAGAGACAGGACAGAGCCCGACUGUUUGAGUGGAUCUCGUCCUUCACUAAAGCCGACAGCGCAGACGACCAGAUCAGCCUGUACAGCAAAGGCAGCCAGCCCCCCAGCAGCCAUCAUGAAGAGCACUCCGGCUCCCACCCUCUGUAUGGACACGGGGAGUGUAAGUGGCCCGGGUGUGAGGCUCUGUGUGAGGACAUGGGACAGUUCAUCAAACACUUGAACAACGAGCAUGCCCUGGAUGACCGCAGCACAGCCCAGUGUCGAGUGCAGAUGCAGGUGGUGCAGCAGCUCGAGAUACAGCUGGCCAAAGAGAGCGAGCGUCUGCAGGCCAUGAUGGCUCACCUGCACAUGAGGCCCUCGGAGCCCAAGCCUUUCAGCCAACCAGUUUUCCAGUUGAACCUAGCCUCGAGCGCCGCCCUCCUGAAGCGCGACAGCGACAUGUACCCAGAGGGACUGCCCCACCCGCCCACCUCCGCCGCAGCACCCAUCACCCCCCUGCGCUCGGGGCCCUCCGUCAUCAGCUCGUCGGGACUGCACCCGCACGCCCACUCUCAUGGGGUGGGGCCCAUACGCAGACGCAACUCAGACAAGUACUGCACGCCCAUAGCUUCAGAGCUGGCUCAGAACUGCGAGUUCUACAAAAACGCUGAUGUCAGGCCCCCGUUCACCUACGCCUCCCUCAUACGCCAUGCGAUCCUGGAGUCUCCGGACCGACAGCUGACCCUGAAUGAAAUCUACAACUGGUUCACGAGAAAGUUCGCCUACUUCAGGAGAAACACAGCCACGUGGAAGAAUGCCGUGCGCCACAACCUGAGCCUGCACAAGUGUUUCGUGCGCGUGGAGAACGUGAAGGGCGCCGUGUGGACCGUGGACGAGGUCGAGUACCAAAAGAGGAGACCACCAAAGAUGACCGGAAGCCCCACUCUGGUGAAGAACAUGAUUUCAGGCCUUGGUUUUGGAUCUUUAAACGCCAGCUACCAGGCGGCGCUGGCAGAGAGCAGCCUGUCCCUCCUGAACAGUUCGUCUCUGGGGACCCCUCCCUCGGCCCCCAGCCUCAACAUGCUGCACGUGGGACAUGACGACGUCAGCUCCACCGUGGAGCAGGUGCACAGCAACGGCAGCUGCAGCCCCACGCUCAGCCCACAGCAGUACAGCCACCCGGUGCACGUGAAGGAGGAGCCCACUGAGCUGGAGGAGGACAGCCGACCCGUGUCCCUCCUCACUGGGGUCUCACACAGCCUGCCCCUCCCCAGUGACGAGCGCGACCUGGAGGAAGACCUGCCCACAGAGGAGCUGCUGGAGUAGAGAUGACCCAUCCCACCCUGCACCCAACACCACGGGGCACCCAAGACCACCAAAAAGGACCCAUCCCACCCUGCACCCAAGACCACGGGGCACCCAAGACCACCAAACAAGGACCCAUCCCCCCACCACCCAAGACCACCGAGCAACCAUCCCAGCCUGCACCCAAGACCACUGAGGACCCAUCCCACCUUGCACCCAAGACCACCAAACAAGGACCCAUUCCCCCCAGCACUCAAGUCCACUGAGCAGCCAUCCCAGCCUGCACCCAAGACCACUGAGGACCCAUCCCACCCUGCACACAAAACCACUGAGUAAGGACCCAUCCCACCCUGCACCCUAAGACCACCAACAGACCAUAACACCUUACACGACUCUUUAUCUGCAAAGAGCUCUUGGAGGCCCCACUACUACAAAAUCAACAGACAUCUACUAAAUCCGGCACCCAUCCUACAUUGGACCCAAGACCACAGAGGACCCAUCUCACCUGCCAACAUGGGACUCUUUUACACCCUAAAAUGUUCAGAAAUCUAUAAUACCAUUUAAGGUAAAGGUGGUUCUAACCAGGACACCCUUCCUUAAAACUCAAAAUUUAGCAGGAUGCAUCCUACCAAAAACCAGGAUUGAGGGUGUCAAGAACCCAUCCCACCCUACAACCAAGACCACCAAGCAGGCACCCAUCCCACUAGAAAACAUUGCGCUCUUUUAUGGUAAAGUCCCAAAAAAUUUCAAGCCAAAACAAACAUCCCAUUAGGACCCAUCCCACCCAGCAAGCAACGCCAAAUUCUUUUUUUCGAGGUCGCCAAGAACCUUUCCCAACCUGCAAACAUCCUCAAACUACUCAUACUACGUAACUGUCAUCGACUAACCCAUUUGGUACCCAUCCCACUCACCAACCCCGCACCCAUACCUUAUAAGGAGCUGGAGAGGGACCCUAGCCGGACCCAUCCCAUCUAGCCCCUCCCUUACUUACCUGUUUGAGGGCGGGGCUCGGGACUGACCACGCCCCCUUUUCUCUGUCACUACUAAGGGGCAAAGGACAACACUUAAGAGAAAAGAAAAAAGAAAUACGAAUGUUUUUAUUUAGGUUUUUUUAUUAUUAUUUUAAGCAAACAACCAAGAACGUGAACUGUAUACAGGGUUUCUGAAUCCUCCUUCACUAAGAACCAAGACUGUGGAGCACUCGUUUACCUCCAUUUUGAUAACUUGGCACUAAGAACCACUCGAUGCAUACAUACACUUGCACACUAAACUUCAACUUUUCAAAACCAUUAACUUCGUGGUUUUAGAGACCCCUAGUGGACACUUACACUCACAUCCACGCUCACCGAUUUGUACAUAGACUUGGGAGCAACCCUUUGACCAAUGAUCUCUUAAAAUGCUGGGAGACUAGACAACAAAGUUUUAAAAAAUAUACCUCCAACGCAUCCCAGUUCCACCUGAAUUCUAGUUCCUGGACGAUUCUUCGAGGCCAGAUAUAGAACAAGACUUUAUUCUCUGCCGCCAUUUUGUUGCUGCCCAAAAACGUCUCUGAAAUGGACACUAGUGGUGCUGUAUCCGACUGGGAACACUUUGAGAAAGACGAGGCGGAAGGAUCUACAUAUUGUGACUAAAAAGAAAAAAAAAACUUUAUCGAGAAAAAAUGUGUGGUAGCUUUGUCACUUCUGUUUUCCUUUUUAUUUGAUAUUUUUAUUGUUUUACUCAAAGAUCGAUACUUUUCAUUUCUCGACAUGCUGUUUAUGUUUAUGAUAUCGUAAUUUGUUUUAUUUUUGUUCACACCAUUCCAAAUUUAAGAAAGAUAAAGCAGUAUUGUCCCAAGUGUAGCAAGCAAAAAAUUGGACUUAGCACUUAAAAGUUGCCAUUUUCCAGACAACAUGACUAUUAUUAUUAUUAUUAUUUAACGUUUUCUCUCACUUUUCCUGUUGUAUUUACUUUGAGGAAUAUCGGUAAUGCUUUAAAAAUAUAUAUUCAAAAAAAUGUAUUACUGCAGCAAGAGAAUACCUCAAACCCACCAAGAUCCCCUCCUUGAACUGUGUCCAAAACGAUCGAUAAAAAAGGGGGAUUUUGGACGUGGGAAACCAAAUCUGGCAACUUCUGCUUAGCUCGAACUCAAAGCUCUAUAUGGUUGUACUAGUUACUGUCUAGACUUGACCUGCCAUUCACUGUGUGUGUUACAGAUUUAUAAUUUUCGCUUGUUUUCUGUGAGCAUAGAAAGCAUUCUUUACCGUGCCAUGCCAAAUUUAAUAUUAUGUUUAUCAAGGCGUAUUCCCGUUUUUAUUUUUUGUUACAGGUUAACCAAAGAAAUGUGUAGAAAACCAAAAACCCUGUAGUUUACUUAAAUGCCCUUUAUUGAAAGACUCUUAUUUUGAAAGAACUGGCCAAAUGACAACAAAGCAGGAGUUUCAAAUUAAAAUUAUAUCCGCUAUCUGGGAACAUUGCUGACCAUUCCAAAAAAUAAAAAAUAUAUAAAAAAAAAAAA